UUGUUUCCAUAAAAGUUGGACAUCCCUUGUGCGUGCAAUCAUGCGAAGUCGUUCGGUCAUCACGCAGUGACACGUACAUAAAAGACACUAGGCAGACUCACGGAGCCAUCCAGGCUACUGCUAUAUACGCUUAAAGGUCUACAUCCACAUGCACACACCAUAUGGCCAUUAUCCCAUCCCUCAGUCGCUGGUGACAUCCAUGUCUACCGCCUCGCCAUUCUCCCUCUCGCCAUCUUCCUCCCCCUCUCCCUCUCCGUCCUCAUCGGCCCCCUGCUCCUCUGUCUCAUGCUCUUCCUCACUCGCACCGUCGACGGGAUCGAAGAACGGCAUCCACCGCCCGUCCACCACCCGGUAGCUGCCCUCCUCCACGUGCUUCGCCUUGCCCUUCCCUUUGCCCCCUCCACCCUCCUUGCUGCCGGUGUUGGUGUUUGACGCGUUGACGCAGAUGGCCUCCUUGCCCUCUGCGUCGCGCAUCGGCCUGGCCCGGCCCUUGGCGUCCUCUAUCGUCGCGUUGGGGUAGUCGGCGUGGUACGAGAGGUGGCCGGUGAUGGUCUCGCCGCCCUCCUCGGUGAUGUUGGCCUCCACCUGCAGCUCGCACUCAAAGGCGAAGGUCUCGUUGAGGUCCGCCUGGCGGUCUCGGCCGCUCAGCGUCAUGCUCUGCGACGACGCGCGGUAGGUGGGCGCCUUGGCGAAGGGAAUCGCAUAGAAGGUGCCCCGCAAAAAGUGAGGGAAAUGAGGGAUGAGCACACGGCGACCUGAACGAAACCAAGACAACAGGAUGAUGUGUUGCGUGUGCCUGUGCCCCUGUGUGCGCCUGAUUCGUACCGAAGUCAAUGUGUGCCUUGAGCUCGCCGGGCAGCUCCUCGACGUGGUAGGUCAUGUCGCCACUGCCGUCGGUCUUGACGGCCUUGAUCCGCCUGGAGAAGCCCCUGUCGUCAUCCCUCUCGAGCGUGAGCAGCCACCUGCCGUCGUUGAGCCGCUCGUCCUUGUCACUGUCGGGAUGGUUCUGGCCCUUGGCGAGCUGCUGGGUGCGGUCGGGGUCGAUGAUCCACUCACCCUGGUCGUCCUCCUCAUCGGACCCACCACCCUCUCCAUCUCCAUCUCCCUCUCCCUCCUCAUCUUCGUCUUGCUGGUCGCCAUCGUAGUCUUCGUCCCCGUCGCUGCCGUCGCUGCCAUCGCUGCCAUCGGCCGAUUGGCCGUUCUCGGCGGGGGGAGGGCCGCUCUGGUCAUCACCAUCGGCCAUCUCUGUAUGCAUGUACAGUCACACACAAGGACACGGAUGCAAACGCUCUGACUCACAGCGGAUGGAUCCACAGCCAUGCAGAUCUUGGCUCUACGUGACGACAUGCGUACCCUCGUCUUGUUCUUCGUCGUCCUGGUGACCGUUCUCGAGGAGGUUGCCCUCGUGCUGGUUGAGGACAGAUGGCAUCCCUGAGCCAAUUGCACCUGACGCGUCGUGACUGAUGUUGCCCUGACACACGUCGUUGGCCGCCAGCAUCAUUCGCUGCAUUCAACACACGCCAAGAAACAUCGAUACUCCGGAUGCCACUUUUUGUGUUGGCCAUCCCCUCCAUCGCACCUGGACGCCCUGUGCCAGUUCCUUGACGACGACAACGCCGAGAAGAUCUGCGC